AUGAGUACGACGAAGUGUGAAGAAGAUAUUACCUCUGAUCAUAAAAUAACAAACAUCACGAUUUCACAAAAUAAUACAAGUGAUAAUACUAGAAUCAUAUACAGACCGUCAAUUAAAACUACAAAAACUUCAACACCAUUAUCAAGGAAACUGAAUUCAGAUAAUGAUGCUAAUCAUACCAAUAGUUUCUUAUCCUUAUAUACCAGAUGCAUUAAAAAUUCAAAUAAACGAAAGAAAAAACAGUUAAAUGAUAAUAACAACAAUAACAACGAUCAUAAUCAUCAAUCAAAUUUUUGUUUAAAUUUUUGCCGACAUUGUUCAUCAAAUACACCUUCUUCAUCAUCCUCAUCGUCAUCAACAUCAUCAACCGUUACAACUGAGGCGGGGGCAGCGGUAGCGGUUGUAGCAACGGCAGGACGUAAAGAAUCAAAUAGUUUUUCACUUCCAUUUCCAUUGGAUAAUAAAAAUCAUGACAAUUUAAUUAGUUAUACAUCAAAAAAUACUAUUAAUCCUGGAAUUAAAAAUACACUUACUCCUAAUCAUACAAAUAACACUAUAAUGUCUAUAUCGAAUUGUUCAAAUCAAUUGAAUAACAUUUCAGUUCAUUCUAACAAGAAUGAUGAUAAUGAUCAUCACAAAAUUGAUGCUCAAAACACAUCUGUACAUAUAACUAAUAGGCAAAUAACUGAUAAAUUACAUUGUAAUACCACUAAUUCUAUAGAUUAUCAAAAUAAAUCGAACAUCAUCACUACUGUUAUACCAUCUAUACCUAUAAUAACUAAUAUUGAAACAAUAAAUAAUCAUAAACAUAAUUCACCAAUGAUUAUCAAUGAUAAUUCAGUAUAUUUUAAUGAUCAUCAUAAACAUUUAUUAGAACUAUCUAAACUUCCAGUAUAUGAUUCAACAAAACUUUGUAUUCAAUGUCAAAAUAAUAUUCAAUUAAUUAGUAAAGAUUAUGAACAUAUACUACUUUUAACAAAUAAUCAGGGGAAACACAAUCAGAUCAAUGUUAUUAAUAAUACCAUUAAUAAUAUUAAUAAUAAUGGUGUGAAUGGGAAUAUUGAGCAUACUAUUGACAUAAUUGAUGAUAUCAAGUCGAAAAAAAUCAAUGAGAUGGAGUCAGACAUAGAAGAAUACGUUAAACAUGUUCAACAGAUUUUUGAUCACAUCAAUAUGACAAAGGAUGAAAUCUGUCAAACUGAUUCAAAACCUAAUCAUAAUCUUGAUAAAAAACAAUUAUGGGAUGCAUUUAAUACAAAUUAUCAAAAUCAAGAAAAAAUAUUACGACCUUCACAUAAUGAUAUAAAUGCAUAUCAUUUAGAUGAUGAUGUUGAUGAAGAUGAUGAUGAUGAAGAAAUGAUAGAAACUCAUUAUGAUAAUGUUCAUAGUUGCCGUAAAAUGAACAAUUUCUCCGUUGACAAAAUGGAUACAAAACGAAUUUCAAAAAUCUAUAGACAACUUCAUAAUUUACGUUGUCAAGUUGAAUCGUUCUCCUAUCUAAGUUGGCUUGGAUUAACCGCAGAACAACCCCCAACCCAGAGAAUUCUAGUUCCUGGCUUUAAUGCACCAGCUCCAAAUCCUCAAAUGCACUUGAUUCGUCGAUCUGAUGCAGAUAGUCGGAGAAAUAUACAAGAAUUUAAACUUCUAUGUAAAGAACCUGUUUCUAAAGAAGAUUUAAUUGAAUUACGCUCAUCUACUUUUAAUAAUUGGUCUAGAACAGAUGCUCAAUUAAUACGUUUAGUUCGGGAAAUGUUUCAAGAACUUGGAUUUAUUAAACAUUACAAUAUACAAUUACAUCGAUUAGAUUUAUGGCUUACUGAUAUUUAUAGACGUUAUAAUCGUGUUCCAUUUCAUAAUUAUAAACAUGCAUUUAUGGUAACACAAAUGUGCUAUGUUUUAAUCUGGGGUGGAAAUUUGACCAAUCUACUUGACAUAGAUGAUCAGCUUAUUUUGAUUAUAUCGGCCAUCUGUCAUGAUUUAGAUCAUCCAGGAUUCAAUAAUGCUUAUCAGAUCAAUGCUGGAACCGUGUUGGCGAUGAGAUACAAUGAUCAAAGUCCAUUAGAAAAUCAUCAUACGGCUGUUGCAUUUGAUUUACUGAGUCAUAAAGAAGUCGAUCCCUUCUCCCAUCUUUCAACUACUAUUAGACAACGAAUUCGCAAAGGAGUGAUUAGAUGUAUAUUGGCUACAGAUAUGUCACGUCAUAAUGAAAUAUUAGAUGAAUUUAAUCGUCAAGUUUUAACUGAUUUAAACGCUGCAUGGGAAAUUGAUCCAAAUACAAAAAAACCUACAUGGGUUAUGAAUAAAAUACAGAAAGAUCUUGUUAUGGUAAUUAUUUUAAAAAUAUCUGAUAUAUCUAAUGAAGCACGUCCUUUAAAUGUUGCUGGUCCAUGGAUAAAUCGGUUAUUAGCGGAAUUUUUUCAUCAAAGUGAUUAUGAAAAACUUGUUGGUCUUCCAGUUGCUCCAUUUAUGGAUCGACAUAAAGUGACUAAAUCAGCUAGUCAAUGCGGUUUUAUUCGUUUUGUUAUUUUGCCUCUAUUCGAAUCGUUAGCUAAAUUAUUACCAGAAGUUAAACCAAUUAUUGUUCAACCGGCCUUAGAACAAUUGGCCUACUAUACAGACUUACAAAAUAACGAAGAAAAGAAAACCAAUACUGAUAAUCAGAAAUCAAAUAAUAAUGAACAUCAAAGUGAUAAUAAUCAUAAUCAAGACAAAAAGGAACAUAACAAAUAA